UGGUGGACUAGGUUGGAUUGAGUCCAGCUGUGAAAUGAAAAAGUUGCUGCGGCUUAUUCAACGCGUUUUGCCAUCGAAUGCGGCUGAGGGCAGAAUCGGCUCCAUCGAGCUGAACUUGUGGCUGGGUCAGUUGGUAGGCCUGCCCCUGGUGGGGCUGAAGCCGGAGACAGCUCUGCAGAAGCUGUGCAUCAUUGCAGUCGGAUAUCCCGUAGUGUUUGCCGUUUGGUAUUAUGUCUUUCUGGAGCUAUACGACUUGUAUCUCAAUUGGCAUGACCUGGACGCAAUGACACAGAACCUCAUCCUCUCCUUUACGCACGUGGCCUUUCUGAUAAAGUUCUGCAACAUUUGCUAUCGCUACGGAACCCUUAAGAGGAUUUUACAGAAGUUGGGCGAGAUCACCCGUCGCUGCGUGCUCUCCGAGCGGCAACUGGAGGCGUUUCAGAGAGCUGAGCUGAAGAACAAGUUGGCGAAUCUGACUUACUUUCAUCUCGUGCUGGUGCCGGGUAUCCUGAGUGUGGUCUACAUACUGAUCGCGCCCGAAGAGUUUGCAGGAAAUCGUUUUCCGUAUCGGGCCCAAAUGCCCCACUUCCUGCCGCACAUCGUGCAGUCGCUCUACAAGGGCUUAGCAGUUGGGAUCCUGGCACUGGAGACGACCAGCAUUGACUUCCUCAACAUCUCGGUGAUGGGACAGAUGUGCAUGCACCUCCAGGUGCUCAGCUUGGCCUUCGAGAAGCUGCACGACAGCAGCGACGUCGACGCCUACAGCUGGCUGGUCGCCACAGUCAAAUACCAUUGCGAGUUGAUUCUUCUGCGCCAGCAAGUGGAGCGCAUCUUCAAUCUGGCUGUGAUGCUGCAGUUCGUUAGCUCCGUUGUCAUUGUGGCCAUGACCGCCUUCCAGGUCAUCGUCAUCGGCGACGGCUCGAAGAGCUCCACGAUAAUGAACCUGAUGCUCUGCUGCGUGCUCUGUCAACUGUUUAUGUACUGCUACUUUGGCAACGAGGUGCACGAGCACAGCAAAUCCCUCUCCAGCGCUGCCUUUGGCUGCAAUUGGUAUUCACUCGACCGGAGGUGCAAGAGGACUUUGUUGGUGUUCAUGAUAAAUGCGGAUCGUCUAUUCCUGUUUACGGCUGGCGGCUUCAUGGGUCUCACCUUGCCCAGCUUCACUUAUAUCAUAAGCAAGUCCUAUUCCAUUGUGGCUGUGCUCAGGCAAAUGUACAGCAGGUCUUAGAAAAGCUAAUGGAGAGGAAAGCAGU